AUGCCGGGACUAUUCCGCGCUGCGGAAAACAGACAUGUUCAAAGCCAAUCAGUACGGCAGUCAUGGCAGCUUCGAUAUGUCGCGAAUCCAGAUGACGAUGAUUGGGUGAAAAAUCCGGACAUUCGAAGCUACUGGACAGCCCCUGAUGCCAAGCAGGGCAGCUCCGUUAGACAGGAGCGCGCUGAUGUCAAUGAUGUGGAGACUCGCAUCGACCCGCAGGAUGGUGCGGCAUACGACUAUGAAUCACUCGCAGAGUACUACAAGGGUAAGUACAAGAAGGCCGCAAUUACAGCGUACUGGAAUGACUGCAAGCCAGCAAAGAAGAACGGAAAGGAGCGCGCUGAUGUCAAUGAUGUGGAGACUCGCAUCGACCCGCAGGAUGGUGCGGCAUACGACUAUGAAUCACUCGCAGAGUACUACAAGGGUAAGUACAAGAAGGCCGCAAUUACAGCGUACUGGAAUGACUGCAAGCCAGCAAAGAAGAACGGAAAGGAUGGUGCGGCAUACGACUAUGAAUCACUCGCAGAGUACUACAAGGGUAAGUACAAGAAGGCCGCAAUUACAGCGUACUGGAAUGACUGCAAGCCAGUUUGUCGGCGGCAUUUGGCGGCUCGCGAUCUUGUGAUGAUCGAUGCCACGACGUCCAUACCGCGAGACCUCUUCCACAGAUUGGUCAAGCAGGGAAUGAAAGCAAGAAGAAGAGGCCAGCACCGCCGAGGUGAACGCGGCCUUGUUUUGGCGAUGGAGUAG